ACACACACACACACACACACACACACACACACACACACACACACAGGUGCAGAUAACAACCCCCCAUUAGGCCUGCCCGAGUUGUAGUUGCACCCCAGGGGAUCUGUAUGUAUGUGAGUACCACAGCUUGAGUGCAUUCAUGGCGUCUAGUUCAGGGCCAUGAAUGCAUUUUCUCCUUUAUAUGAAUUUAUUUGCAGAUGAGAUCAUUUUUAUAUUUUGCAGAUGGUCCGGAGGAAUCGGUGAAGGUUAGGUUUAGGCAUGAGGAGUGAGAUUGGUUUAGGCUAGGGUAAGAAUAUCCAGAUAAACCAAGCAGAUGCAUAGUUGGGUAGUAAAUGACCAGUGUAUACAAUACACCAUUGCAAAAUUGGUGUUAUCUAAUCCAAGCAUCAGAGCACCUAUUUAUUUUACUGCACCAUGUACAGUAUAUCUCAGCUCAGUGGUAACAAAGGGCAACACAUCUCUGCAUUAAGGUCAAUGGUGGAAGAAAGAUUCAGUAACCUAAGUAAAACUAGCAAUACCACACUGUAAAAAAACUUAAUAAUAGUUAAGUCCUGCAUGGAAUUGCAUUAGUUGUAAUGGUAGUGGUAGUAAAUGGUUUUGUUUGUAUUACAUGUAUAAAAAUAAGCAUUUUACUAUUGUAUCUGUGUUACAGGGAGAUGUUUCUAAUUGUACACAGUCUUGGGACUAAAAUAAAUGUGGUGUAGUGUUACCCACUACACUUUAAUGGAUGAGCAAGAGUAGUGUUGUUGAUAUGAUAAUAUAGUAGAUGGAAAAUAGUAGAUAAUAUAGUAAAGAUCCCUGGGGGUUGUGGCGCCCAGAGGCACUUUUGAAUCUAUUGCUCCCAAUGCUAGGUUAAAUGCAGAAGUUGUGCUUUAGGUUUUGUAGCUCUACAAUGUAUAAUGUAUAGUGUAUAAUGUAUAAUGUAUCUCAUGCGUGUGCACACGUGUCUGUUAGUGGUGACAGACUCAUGGAUCUGUCAAAGAAGUUAUAAAGAAAUUUAAGAGUGACAAUUGUUAUCAAUGCUUUGCAUAUGCAUUACAUAAACAUACUGUACAUGUGAUUAUACUGUAUGUAGGCCACUCUGUGUGUGUGCGUGUGUGCAUAUGUGUGUGUGUCUGUGUGUGCCCUUUACAGAGGCAGUUUGUAAUCAGCUGUCAAAGUGGGCUCCAGUUGAGAGCAGAGCUGCGUGUCGGGCAGCAAAAAGCUCUCAGGUCCACUCUGCACGCUUAUCCAUGCACAAACACCAACACCAGUAGCAAAGGUGGAGGACGGACAGGACAGACAUUUAACCGGCACUUCUACAGCAUAUUGAUCAGCUGUAUUUUUUCAGCUGUACUCAUGGUGGUGUGACUGUGUGUGUGUGUCAUUUACAGUGUUUGGUUUGCCUAUUUUUAGACUCCAGUGACUUUAUUGGGAACCAAUUGAAAAAAAGGUAAGACUUGAAUCCGAUCAAAAUAUCAAAUACUACUACUGUUGAACGCCUUUACUGCUACUGCUGUUAAUUGGAAAUUGUAAUAGUAAUAAGACAGAAUGUAUCCAUGCAUUUUUGAUAAAUGAUGUACAAAUUAUAUGGGUCGAACAUAUACUGUACUUUCUUUUCCCUUUUUAUUCAAAGUAAUUAUUAAGUGAUGCAAAAUGUUAUUUAAGAGGUUUAAGGUUGUUUUUGUGUAUGUGUGGCAUACACAUUCAGGCUGUACAAAAAGAUUAAUGUGAAAAUUAACAACUUGAGGUAAGACAGAAAGAUAAAGUAAAAAUAAUCAAAAUGUGUAAAAAUGUACGUGUCACAACUGUUAGCAAAGUACUAAAUUAAAUUAGCAGAGGAUAACGUGCCAGAGAAGGCCGAGGAUAAACAGAACCGCGUGACAGAGGUCAGAGGACAGAGAGCAACAUCCCAAUGUUCUGAGGAAAGAUGCUUUUUCUGGCUACAGAGGUCAAUCACCAAAGCAUAGCAAUAAAACAGAAAUAAACACAGGAAAACACUAUUCACUUUUAAAGGCAAAAAUGAGAGUAACAAUGGAAGUUAGCUGUUUUUAUGCUUCCUUUCAUCCUUGGUACACUUCUUAGCCUUUAGUCCACCAAGACCAGGACCCAAUAAUGCUACUCUUAGGGUCAAUGUAGCAGUCACUUUUAAUAUUUUAAAUUACAUAACAGAAGCGUAUAUUACAUGUAAGACAUCUAAUGUUCUUAAAAUCAAAUAAAAUGACAAUUUAAUUAGAUAAAUUAGAUAAAAAUGAUACAUUUGCACUUUUCAUGUUAAGGGUUAGAUAUAGGGAUAAAAACACUACAGUUUAGCGCUUGGGUUAGACUCAAACCUAACUAGUUUGUUAAUUUGUUCUGAAUGGCCACAGUGGAAGAUGUUGUGUGAUUCCAACUGUCAUGAUAUUGUUUAAAUAUAGGGAUAACAGUCUCUAGAGAGACAUUCAAAACCUGGUUUUUUUCUCACCUCCACACAGCCAACCCCAACCCUUGUUUUUAACGUAGUUUUUAGUCAGUGAAUAUGUCAUAUAAAUGGAAAGCAAUGACUAAAGCAAAGUAGCCCUUUUUUGUAUUAGUUUUACUUUUUUGUGGUGAAAUAUAUUCCAAUAAGUAUGUUCCUUAUGGCAGGCUAUAAUCUGUAUGUGUUCUUAGCCAUAACGUUUGUGUGUUAUGGCUAACACGUGUGUGUGUGUAGAGAUGAUUGAGCUGGGCCUCGCUGACGGCAGUCUGAUUGACGAGCUGAUGGAGCUGACGGCACAGAGCCUCUGUCAGCUGGAGAUCCAAGAACGUUUCAACAUCAUCAAGGAGAUCGGCCGAGGGAAAUACGGCAAAGUGCUGCUGGUCACACAUCGCUUCAGAGGGACUCCCAUGGCAUUGAAAGUGAUGCCCAAAGCCUCGACUAAGCUCCAGGGCUUUCUGCGAGAGUACUGCAUCUCCUUACACCUGUCCUGUCACCCCUGCAUCGUGGGCCUCUUUGGCAUUGCCUUCCAGUCUAAUGAGCACUACUGCUUUGCCCAGGAGCUUGUCAUUGGGAGGGACCUGUUUGCUGUCAUCCAGCCAAAGGUGGGUAUCCCAGAAUCCUCUGUAAAACGAUGUGUCCUCCAGAUAGCCAGUGCUUUGGAAUUCAUCCACAGCCAUGGUCUGGUUCACCGUGAUGUCAAGCCUGAAAACAUUCUCUUGUUGGACAAUCACUGCAGCCAGGUCAAGCUGGCAGACUUCGGCCUCGCUCAGAAGAGAGGCACUCUGAUACGCUUCAUCACAGGAACCCUUCCCUACAUGGCCCCAGAGCUUUGUACAGUGGCCCUGAUGGAGGGCCAAAAAGAAGUGACUGCUCCUCCGCUUAGUGUGGAGCCAAGUCUGGACACCUGGGCCUUCGGUGUGGUUAUCUUCUGCAUCCUUACGGGGUAUUUCCCCUGGGAGCGCUGCAUGGACUCGGACGACUUCUACCAGGAGUUUGCAGACUGGUGCAGAACGAAGGAGAGACCAAACACUGAGGAGGACAUUCCUCCUUUGUGGAAAAGGUUCACUCCAGAAGCGAUGGAAAUGUUUGGUAAGCUCCUGGCUCUGGAUGUAGGAAAGAGGUGUACAGUGGGGGAGGUGAGCACUUAUGUGGAGAAAGACUGGCUUAAAAAGGUGGAUGGGAUUGAGCAGCAGCAGAGAGCAGAAAGAAACAGUGCCUCUGUGAAUAAUCCUGGGCAUUGUGAGGUCAAAAUACAGCCUAAUACAUAGUCACAGACGGAAUUAAAAAAAACUCUACAGCUUCUAUGUGCCUAGAAAGCAUCUUAAAUAUACAAUUAUAGGUAAAAACAGUAGUAUUAUGUAUUCUUUGGCUCUGGGGGAGCUGUCCUUAGAAAAAUAACCCCGAUGAUAUUGGGAUUAUCUUGGAUUGGGCUUUAAACCUAAAUUUUUUUUAACAGAAAGCCUGCAUUGCAAACUUGACGCAUAGAGUUUGAAAUAAUUGUAUACAUUUGCAUUGUGGGAAUGUAGGAUCUAGUGUGUUUGGAGCUUGACUAAAAGUCAGAACGUCCAAGCCUCUGCUGCACCAUUAUCUUUCAAUCUGUGUCUUGUGAGUCCCCCAAAUCUGUUUAAAACGCUGCCGUAUCCCUUUAAGUGUGCUGUACUCAAAAUUCUGAAAUAGGUGUUCUGGUAUUGUCUCCACACGACUCUCUCAGACCGUCCUUUCUGUAAAAAAUAAUUACCCUUUGUCACAGCCCUCAGCGUCUGAUAGCGUCGCACAAAGCAGUGCUACAUUCAAGUACAGCUGAAGAACAAAGAACAGAGAUGCU